GUUGGAACAGUUUGUACAGUGGCAUGUUGUCAACACUUGCCAAACACAGAUGACAGUGUCCUAUUGUUGUGUCCACAAACAACCCCGUGAUCUGAUUAAACCUGUCACUGCUCCACCUGAGAACAAUCCAGCACCAAGGACGCCCUCUGCUGCACCAUGACAGCAACACCAGGCGGGUUACAAAAUCUCUGCAGGAUUUCUUAUUUUACAUUUAAAUGUGCAAAAUUAUAUAUGACUGGUCAUUAUAAACAAAGAAAAAAGAUUUUAAGACAGAGUUUCUCUAUGAACUGCCCAGAUUUGGUCAUUACAGCAUCCAAAAACUAAACAAAAUCCUCACCAGAAAAAGUUGUUUAAAUAUCAAAAUAUGAGCAAAAACUGUUUUUAAUUCAAUAAAAGCUGUAUUUAAUAAGAGCUCUAUGAUCACACUUCUCUAGUUUUAUCACCGUGUAAGAGAAAUAAGUAAAAUGAAGCUUAUACCCCCUCUACUGGCCACUCAUGGUUCAGCAGAACACAAUGUACUGUGAUAAACAGAACAAAAGAUUGAUGUACAUUUUGUUUUCAGUAUCACAGUUUCUAUAAUCCAGUAAAGUUAAGAUGUACACAUUUUUACAUGUUAUGUUAUGUAGGCCUAUUGUUGUCAACAUUGUAUGGUACAGUUGCUUUUUCAUUUAUGAUUUAAACUGUUUAUAAUAGUGUUGCCAUUCUUGCUCAUAAUUGUGACUUUUUGGGUGCAUUUCACAGUUUCAGCAUUGUAAACCUAAUAAUUUUGUGUUGUAUCAAGUAUAAUCAUCCUUUAACAACAUUAUUGCGAGCUUUAGACAGCAGUUGAAGCUUUUUAAUCCAAUAAAAAUUUAAAGUUAGAUUUGUUUUAUCUUUCACUCAAAAUAUCGACUUUUAUCUCACAUGUGUCAGUGUUGAUUUCACAAUUAGCCAAGCAAUGUCCUUCUUUAAAUUUAUACUUUUUAUUUUAAAUCUGAACAAUUUUAGAAAUAAAAAGUGAGUCUUUCUCUCAUUGGUAUAACUUUUUAACUAUAACUAUAACCAGUUUUAUCUUACAACGUAGUAUUAGGGCCACAUUAAGAAAAAAACUUUUAAGACUUUGACAUUAAAGUCAUUAAUUUACGAGAAUAAAGUAAUUACUUAUGAGAAUUAAGUCAUAAUACAAUCAUUACUUAAGAGAGUAAAGUUGCAAUUAAAUAAUUACUUGUGAGAAUUAAGUUGUAAUUACAUCAUCACUUGUGAGAAUAAAGUUGUAAUUACAUCAUUACUUUUGAGAAUAAAGUCCUAAUAUUCUAACCUGUUGUUUAAGAUGAUAGUUGUUGAAACGAGAGCCAUGGAGCAUUUUGUGAAAAUGUACUUCAAUAUAGGUUUCUUAAACAAGGAGAUACUUAAUCUUUAGGCACACCAGCACAUUAUCACAAGUUUCAUAAUGAUUUUUUUACGACUUUAUUCUUGUUAGUAAUAACUUUAUUACAACUUUAUACUUGUAAAUAGGUAGUAAAUUUAUUACAACUUUAUUCUUGUAAUGAUUUUUUACGACUUUAUUACCGUAAGUAAUAACUUUUUUCUCAUCAGUAAUAACUUUAUUACGAUUUUAUAUUUGUGAAUAAGUAAUGAUUUCAUCACGACUUUAUUCUCAUGAAUAAGUUAUGAUUUUAAUACAACUUUAUUCCAGUGAAUAUAACUUUAUUAUGACUUUAUGCUUGUACACAAUUAAUUUAUUUUUUUUGGACUUUAUUCUUGUAAGUAAUAACUAUAUCACGACUUUAUUCUCAUAAAUAAUUAUUUUAUUACGACUUUAUUCCCAUAAGACAUGAUUUUUAUACGACUUUACUCUCAUAAGUAAUGAUUUUAGUACGACUUUAUUCUCGUAAGUAAUUAUUUUAUUAAGACUUGAUGAUUUUUUUUUUUUUUUACUCUUUGGGCUUCCAUACAUCGCGAUACACGCCUGAAUUUGGUUAAACAUAUUUAAAAAUCGUGAUUAAAAUCAUUGGGGUUUUUUUUGGGUGUGUCUUUUCAUUUGUAAACCAUUAUGCUCUUGACCUGCUCCUCCUCACCCUGUAAGUCACCCCGGCCUGCUGGGACUUCAAAGCUUUGCUGCUGUGGCGCUUCAGUUAUUUGCUGAGAGCUCAGGUCGUCACGCAGCAGCACCAGGAAAUGGAGGAGCUGCUGAGCGGGUGAUGAGUGUCGCUGCAGCAGCAGACCUGGGAGGAGAAACCAGCAGCAGGCAGCUACAUACUUCAGCGACAACUCUCAGCACCGUGAGGUAAGGCUCUGUUUAUACCUAAAACACACACCAAGUUUCAAAAAUGUGACUAUUAACGAGCUAAAGUUUGCUUUCUUUGACGUUUCCAUCGACCGUGUCGCCGCUUUAAUCUCCAAUUCAUCGUUUGGGUCGCGGGGAUUUGUAGCGGAAGAUGGGCUUGGCUGCCCGAGUUUCGAACUCCUUUCUCGCCUCAAAACUGCAUCUUUUCAGCUUUUCUCCUACUUUAACUCGAUAAAAUAUGUGUUUGUUUUCUUUAAAAGGUCUCCUGCAUCAACAGGUGAAGAUGAGCGACGCGAAUCAGCCCAAAGUUGAACUUUUCGUGAAGGUAAGCGAUUGAAUGGGGAGCAAAUAAAUCCAUCACACCCAUAAUGUGACGCGCUGACGGCGACAUGAUGUGACACACAUUUAUUUAACGGUGUUACUACUAUAUAUGUGUGUGUGUGUGUGUAACUCAACACCCUGUCACUACUACAAGUGUUAAACAGUGUUACACGCUGCCCAAACAUCUCACAGAGUAUUAAUUCACUUGGUUGUUUUAAAUCACAUUUUGUGUUAAUAGUAUUCAUGUCAUUAGCUGACUCACCUGCCUUAUAAAUGACAGUAAGACUAAUCUAAUUAAAUGCACGUCAAGAUAAAGGGGCAGGCGUCCUUUAAUCUAUAUUUAGUAUGUUGGCCAGGCUGGCUAAUCCCAUUUACUUUGAGCCAAACAUGCUCUAAUAUAACCAAUAUGGCUUUCUCUGCCUCCUUCAUGCUCUUACACAAGCCUCCAUAAUGAUUCCUCUGUAUGAACAUGUGCGCCACCCUCAACUUUUUUUCCCCUUUUUUUCAAAACUGAAAGAUGCAAUUGUGACUUCCCUAAACUCUGGUUUCAAUAGUCAGCCCUCUUCACUGACACUUGACUCCAGUAACCAGCAGGACACAGAAGAAAAGCAUAAUAAUAGUGACAUAAAGUCAGCGUUUUGAGAGUUUAUGUCAAGGCGCAGAUUUACAGACUGACCGGGCAGAAAAUACGGCUUCCUGCAGCCACACAGGGAACAUUGUAAAGCUAUAUGAUCAUUUCCUGACUUACCUACAGACCCUACUUAAAGUGUUAGACUGAAAUGUGCUGCUUUCAUGGCGGUGGCUUACUCUUAUUUCUAAUGUGGAUUAACCUGUAGUAGAAAAUGUUCCAGAUUAAUUGUUUAAGGCACAUGUGAAUUAAGUCUUUAAAUCCCUUGUUUGUCCGAACCAACGGGCCAAAAAUAGUGAUAACUCUGAUGACAGUGUUAUAAUAUCAAGAUAAAAUGACACGCUGGAACAGGGAAAAUUGUUACUAUCUAAUUGUUUUAUAUCAUAUUAUUAAAUAAAGUUGUGUCAAAGCAGUUCGACUUGAUAUGAUGUAGAGAAACGGUUAUGAGAAAGAUAAUCUUGGUGUAUCUGUGCAGGUCCCUCAGUUAUCCAGGUCAGGUUGUUCGGAGUUAAACCCCUAAAGGCAACUGGACCUCAGCCAGAGUUGGUGUCUUAAACCUUGUGUUUGGUUAAAUCCUCUGGAUGUUGAGCUUAGCUGUCAUGUAAAAGAGCUGGAACAAUUUCAGGUAGAUUGACAGAACAUGAAUAACUGAAGUCAUGCUUGAUGAUAACUUGGUUCAGCUUAGAUGCUAUUAGGAAUCUGUUCUGUGCAAAACCAAACAAUAAUAUUGUAUUUUUUGGCAUGAAGGGCACAAUAAAAAGCUUAACUUUAAGAAACUCUGAUUAAUAAGCGGUUGUAUAUUAAUAUUUUGCAGGAUAAUCAGUGUUGCAAUAGUUCUGGUUGCAGAUGCACAAUCAAAAAGUUUAAAAUUGCUUGAGACUUAAGAGUGAAGCUGUUGCAGAUUGCGUCUAAAAGUUGCAUGAGUCACUUUUCAGACUUUAUGAAACCAUAUAGAUUUCAUGUGUUGCUGACAGGGUUGAUGUUUCUCCUUCAGGGCAGAAAAACAUGUGGUUGAAUCCCUUAGAGUUUGCUCAUUUUUACAGUUUUUCUUCGCUAGUAAAUGAGCCAGUUUUCUUGUGUGUCAAAGGUUGACGCUGGGUGUGUGGUGGUAAUAUUUUGUGCUGACUCUGCAGCUUGUAGUGACCUGAAAACUCCUGGUGCACAUGUUUUUUUCCACUUCAUCACCUUAUUUUUUGCUUCCUCCGACCAAAAACAUCAUCCAAGAUCCAAAAACAAACAGCAAAUGACAAAACAAGUGUAACUUUACCACAACACAAGCAUGUAGGGAGAGAAGUGAAGGAAAAUAACAUGCUGUUCGUUUUCUCUGUGUUUGUAUUCCAGGCGGGCAGCGAUGGUCAAAGUAUCGGAAACUGCCCGUUCUCCCAGCGUCUCUUCAUGGUGCUGUGGCUGAAAGGAGUCACGUUUGACGUGACCACAGUGGAUAUGAAGAGGUGAGAGCCUCACACAUGUGCUGCAGGUUUAUCCAAGCACAAAAGGAAGAGCCUGCCCUCUGUUUGAAUGUGUCUAAAUUUACCGUGCAGUGAAGGAACAUCUCAGUCAGACAUUCAGAGUCGAAAACUAACCCUCCUCUAGUUUAGCUGCAGGCAUUAGUAAUAUCCUGUGUUUCUAUUUUCCUUUUUGUUUUUCUCCUGACUUAUUCUGUUAAACCUUCUGCCUCUUUUUUUUUCUUCCCCUGAUUAUAAUUUUAUUUCAGGAAGCCGGACAUCUUGAAGGACCUGGCACCAGGUGCUCAGCCUCCCUUCCUGUUGUACGGCAGCGAGGUGAAAACAGACACCAACAAGAUCGAGGAGUUCCUGGAGGAAAACCUCUGCCCCCCAAAGUAAUCUCCACCUCCAUCUGUUUGUCCAAAAAGUCCUUCCUCUUUUCUUCUACGGGAAGAAAAUAGUUUUUUCUUCUACUGUUUUCUGUGUUGAUGAGAAAAUACUCACAUACUGCAGGCUGUAAUGUGUCCUCAAUGUGUCUUUUUCUUCAGGUAUCCACGUCUGGCUGCUCGUAACCCUGAGUCCAACACAGCAGGCAUGGAUGUUUUCUCCAAAUUCUCUGCCUACAUCAAGAACUCAAUCCCUCAGAACAAUGAGAGUAAGUCUACAUGUCGUUUAAAAAAGAGGAAUAUACCAUAUUUUGAAGGUUUUGAGGCUCUAAUGGGAGUAUAGAUGCAUUUGUGUGUGUCUGAUGGACAAACAGCAGGAAGCGUCAGCGUUAAUAACUUCACUCAGGGAUUUUCAGGUCACCUGCUGCUCAGAGUUUAAGGUGAUUUGAUUGGAAAUGUCACUAUUGUUGGGCAAAAACAGCUUUUUUUGUUUCCUCUGCUUCUUCUCUGAAAAGAAAUUAACUGAAGAGUAGACGUGUAUUUGCUCUCAGGGGAAGAAGACCCGUCUUUAAACUUAUACACACUGUCAUCUUUAUUUUCUCUGCGCUCAGAUCUAGAGAAAGGCCUGCUGAAGGCUCUGAAAAAGCUCGAUGACUACCUCGGCUCCCCACUUCCUGACGAGAUCGACGAGAAUAGCGCAGAUGACGUCACUUCCUCGUCCCGCCCCUUCCUGGACGGCCCAGAUCUGACUCUGGCUGACUGCAACUUGUUGCCUAAGCUCCACAUCUCGAAGGUAAUCUUCGGAUUCAAGCUGUGCAGCACAAAAGGAAAGUAAAUCCACUUUUUUGUCUUAAUCAGGGAUGAUCGCGUCCUUGUUCUGUCGCUCCUUCCAGGUGGUGUGUUUAAAGUACAGGAACUUCAGCAUCCCUCAGUCUCUGACGAACCUGUGGAGGUACCUGAAUGCAGCGUACGCCAGGGAGGAGUUCUCCUCCACCUGCCCGAUCGACGAGGAGAUCCACAUGGCGUAUUCGUCUGUUGCGAAAGCUCUCAAGUAGGAGGACAAAACAGGACAAACAAACAAAAGCACAAGAACACACACACUUUUACACACCUGCACACAUCAAGUGCUCAACCUGCAAGCAGCAUGGCCGAUCUCCUCCCCACAAGGCUUCAUUUAACCGUUACUUCUCUACUACAGCUUUGAAUUUUGCAACUUUUUACCACGAACAAACGUUACACUCCGGGUUAAGAUUUCCCUCUGAUAAAGAAGCUUUUUGUUCACAGUGUGGAUUAGUUAACUUCAGGAACACAAGAGUCAGAUAAGGUGACAUAAAAAUGUGCACACAAAAAAAGUCGGCUGUGUCUAAAUUUGUUCAGCUUACGAGAGCUCAAGGACAGUCAUGAAGUCUGGAUCAUGCUGCUUGCAGGCUCACUGUACAGGUCUCACUCUUAAAACUGCCAACCAGAUCAAACUUGGAUUAGAACCGCGCAACCCUCACAUGAGCUGAGUCCCCUCGGUGACAUUUGUGGUAUCAAAACAAGAGUUUUUUGUUCUUUUUUUUUCUUUUUUGGGGUCCGAUCAGAUACAUGCACAGCAGCUCCAGCUCACCUGCCAAAGUGUCUUUAGUGGUUCGGAUGCUUCGAGAAUAACUUUGUCAUUUCAGUGCAGAGGGAACAAGCCUUUAACACUUUAGGAUAGUUGUUUUUUUCAACCUAUUAAGAAGCUAAACGUCUUCAGAGCGGGAGGCAGCAAACAGUCACAGCAACAGGAAACUGUUUCAAUAGACCUGGGCUUCCCCUUUUCAGGCGUGACGGAUUAUUCAAGAUUACAGAGCUUGUUGUUGAUCCGUUCAAGGGGGCCCGUUUCCAAAAUGUAGUUUGAUUCUGUCCGCCACUUGUGAAGGAUUAUUAUUAGUGGCAUAAAAGAAAGAUAACAGGUUGUUAGUGUGUUAUAGUUGCUGUAGAUCAAAAAGGUAGGAGGGUGUUGUCUUCUCAGCGGCUACAGGGAAGGCUGAUUUCGUUGCACGUGGCUCGUCCUGUCACAUGGGGCGAAAUAGGAAGUGAAAUAUAACCAUGCACUAUUUCUAAAAUGAAAAGAAGCACUCACUAAUUUUAGUUUUCAGUCUUUCAUAAACUCUUAAAAUUUUCUCUUUUUGUCAACAAAUACCAAAACCAGCAAUUCAUCACUUUGCUACUCAAUCUGAACCAACCCAGCUCCAUUAGAGAUAUCAGCAGGAGUUCAUGGUAUUUUCUGGAACUUUUCCAGCUGCAGAUUAAUAAAUGUUUUAUGCUCCAGUGGGUAUGAGCUGCAGAAGAGGGGAGGAAUUUAAGAAAGACCCCCAGUGCCUGUGUUCAACAUGUCGUACAGUACGAUUUAACACCAAUAUUUAUACAGCUGAGUUGGAGCACAUUGUACUUGACAAAUGUGUUGUUUCUUAUGUAAUUUGAAAAAAAGGGGGUUUCAUAUCAACACAUUUUGGAAAAUAUGUGCCUGUGCUGAUAUAACUGUAAUCUGUAACGACCCAGUAUUGAUCUGAAAAUAUCAGCUGAUUGAUAGACCGGUUAAACUUAAACAUUGUUGGUCUCUUCAUGGAAAGAAAAACGUAGAUUUCUCCCUGAUUCAGAUUUUUUAUAUGUUCAUUAAUAACCCUGAACUUUUGCAGUCCCUCACCUUUCAUGUAAAAGUUUGCUGAAGUUCUUGUUGGGGUGACUUAAAAUUGCAGAAUUGGGCUCUGACUGUUUCCAGAACUUUUUGACACGUCUAAAUGAAGAUAAAUGUAUUUACUCUCCCAACUCUGUUUCUGCAGCAGGUUCCACAAAAAGCUUCUCUUGUUUUCCGAGCUUUAGGUAGUUUAUGUCCUGUCUCUUAAAACAGGAUUUUGAUCUUUGAAACGAAAUGACACCUAAGUGCAAUUAACACUGAUCGAAAAAGACAAUGUUGUACAAAAUCGUUGACUAUGUUAAGACAUGCAGCACGACCACAAUUAUUUUUUACACAAUUGGAAGUAUGCAUGAAAUCCCUCCUCGAUAGGAUUGUUAGCAGAAGUGUUGAUCUAAAAGAUAACACACUGUUGAUUCCACUUGACUGUUUUGCUGCAGAUUUGAUCUGUUUUGUUUUUUUUCUCAAAUGCACAGAUGUUUAAAGGGAUUGUGUCUGAAUAAUUUCAGUUUUGGUAUAUUUCUUCUCUACAAAUGUGGGAGAGUUUUUCACUUUUGACCGUAGGAUUUCAUACAAUUUCAGGGACUUUUAACAUGUAAUAUUCAUAUUAAUUUACUUAUAUUCAUAUUUUGUUUUUAACUUCACAAUUUUAACAUUUUUUUAUGUUAUUCUCGUCAUGUACUCUCUUUGUUUUGGGACCCAUACUAUAACUUUCACAUUGGUUUCUUCAGGCUUACAUUUCCCCAAAAUAUUUUAGCCUUUUUUAUAAUGUGUAUUUUUCUGCUUGUUUGUUAUGCUGUCUGCCAUGUAGUCAAAUGCGGUCACACUUAAAAAGUCCACAACAUCAAACUAGGCUUGUGGACACUGUAUGCAGUAGAUUUACAUCAAAUAUGAAGACAAUCAAACUAAUAGCACAGCUGAAAUGUAUUUUGUACCUUGAAACUCUUACAAAGACACAUGUAUUAAUAUUCUAAUAAAAGAAGCGUCAUAAUAAAUCA